AUGCGGCAUGCUGCAGCUCUGGCGCUUCUCUACUGCUGCCGCAUCAUUCUUGCCGCAAAUACCUACAUGGCACAGUACGCGAAAUUCCGGACGCGGCAGACAAGGGUUCCUGAUGCUGACGCUGUGGCCCUGAGGGAGGUCUACUUAUUCGACCCGGAUCAAGGUCAGAUUGAUCUAAGCAGUGCAACAGCAACCAACCCUGGAGGCAGCAAUUGGUUCGGCGAACACCCUCCAAGUUUAGCCAUCGAUGAUGCGUUUUCGAAAUGGUACGACUCAAACCGGCAAGAUCUAAUUAUCAGUCUGGCUGCUCCCACUGCGAUAGCGUACUGCGGACUGCAACUGGCUGAGGAUUGGCCAUCACGAGACCCCGUCCUUUGGGAGUUUCUCUUAUCCCAAGACGGUCAGACCUGGCUGCUGGUGUAUGAAAACACAGACGCGGCCGACGUGCCCGAUGUUCGAAGUCAUAAGCUGCUGCACCUGCCACUGGCCGCACUCUGGCGCGACUUCCUGUUUGAGGCAACCGCCGUCCGAAGUCUGACAGAUGGCUCAUAUCAAGUCCAGGUGGGGGAAUUGCAAUUCUGGGAUGGAGCUUCUCCGCCUGCGCAGAUAGACUUCUCUGCAUCUGGAGCUACUGCCACCUCCUGGGAAAAUGCAGGAACGAGUCCCGUCGGUGGGGAGCCCGGAAAGGCCAUUGACGGAGACCUUACCACAAGCUGGGUGGAGUCCGAGGAGUCUGCUGGUCAGCAGUUGAUAGCACUGCACAUCAGCUUCCCGAGCUAUGUGCAUCUAUCGAGCUGGAGCUGGGUUACUGGGAGUGACACCUCCAGUGACCCUCUGCAAUGGAAUUUGUGGGGGCUCUACAUAGAAACAGGGAACAACAACAUGGUCCAGCUCCACAAGCAAACUAGCGACUUCGCGGUGCCUGUGAGCCGGGGAGUGUCUGUUGGAAGUCUCAGCAUUGCCGCCUGGGAGUUCACAUCAACUACCACUUCAUCCUCGUCGGAAGCAUAUGGCGUGGUUGCGCAGUCGCCUGGCACUGGGACGAUUCCGGUCGUAACUGCAUUGCUUCGAGCUGGACCAGACGACAGGGCAGCGGGCUCCAUGCAGGUGUCUGCAGGCACAUAUGCCCUGCGGAUUCCCACCGCCCUGUUUACCUCCGCAAGUGAACCUGACUACUUGGCGGUCAGUGUAGCUGAGCUACAACCUGGAGACGAGAUUACCGAACUCAUGGAGGCUUCGACAAAGGCUUCUGGAGACGUUCUGGCCACUGGUCCAGUGAGUAUAAAGCUGCGCAGUUUGGAGCAGAACAUCAAUGGAACGCUGGCAGCGCCCAUGCAAUUCCAGCUCACUCUUCCCAACACGAGUAACAUGAGUCGUUUAGCAUGCAUGUAUUGGGAUGAUGCUGGGCAACAGUGGUCGGACAAAGGUAUGACGACCACCUUGGGUCCUGAGGGCAUGCUGGAGUGUGCCACAACUCACCUCUCCAUUUUUGCUGCCAUAUUAAGGGCCAUUGUCGCCACCUUGGUUUGCAGCAACGCCGCCGGCAUCUUCUCCUUGCAAGGCCUGCAGUCGCUAGUCAAGCUGCAUUGGGCAUCACAGCCUCCCGCCAUCGUCCUGUGGAGCACCAUCUUGGUUGGGAGCUGUCUGCUGUGCGUUGCGAAAUGCGUGGACCUGAAGCAUCUGGAACAGGUGGACAUGCUGGAAGGAUUCCGGCGCAUCAAGAUCUUGCGCUCGGCGGGCUCGGCCAAGCGAGGCUGCAUGGCGGACCUGAAGGAGUUGCUCUUGCCAUCGGAAAGGGUGGCCAGCCAGCUUCUGAAAAGGAUGGGAGUGGGAGUAGGUGAGCUGGAGCAGCUGCACACAGUCAGUGGCGUCACAAGCUGGCAUUUGCAAGCCCGGGCCAUCUUGUCAGACUUCGCGCGGCAGAGGUCGGUGGCCAAGCUGGCAUUUCUGUACCAGGCGCACUGUCGUUGGUUCAGCUUCCUGUCGCCGUCGUUGAAGGCCAGCUGCUCCCAGCGAUGCAGCGUGCUUGUGGCCAAGCUCUACAGCGGCUGGGCCAUCGCGGCCGUCUUCUACGGCUCCACAGCGCUAGCUCCAGGCCAACCCGAAUGUGAUGUUCCCGCCGCCUUGUUGGACAAGAUCGUUCGCAGUGCUGUCAUUGCUUGGAUAUCUGCAGUGUUCGGCUCGUUGCCCUUCGUGCUGUUGUUGGCGGUCAUGAACCUUGGGGGGUACAACUCCCCAGCUUUGUUGACCAGGAUCCUAUAUCCCCCUUGGGAAUCAUUCUUUAUCUUUUGUUUAUUUAAAAAUCAAAAGGAUAUUAACACUUAUUAA